AUGUGUCAUCUAUGUGGUCUUGUUUGUCAACCCAACCUCAUCCCUGAGACUUGUCAUUUUCUCUGUAUCUGUGGUCAAACCACACGAUCACGCUCUUUGUCAAAUGCAAAGCAUUUUGAACACUCGCGCAAAUAUGUGGAGAAAAGGCAAAAAAUUGGCCCCUUGAUCCCUCCCUUUCUUCUUCAUGUCAUUCACAUUUCUUUCUUUCUAUUGUUCUUCUGUUCUGCUUUCAUCCCUUCUUUCCGUUCUUCUCUUGCUUUUUUCUCUUCUUCCGACCUUUUACCCUUUUUCUUUCUUUCUUUCUUGUCUUUAUUCUUUCCAUCUUUGCUUCUUUGUCUUUUUUGUUGUUCUUUCAUUUUUUUAAAUAUUAAUUUUUUUUUUAAACUGCUGAUCUUUCCAUCCUUCCUUUUCCCUCUUUUUUUUCCUUCUGCUCUGCUUUCAUCACUUCUUUCCGUUUUUCUCUUUUUUUUUUUCUCUGCUUCUAACCUUUUCCUUUCCUUGUCUUCAUUUUUUCCGUUCUUUUAUUUGUUCUUUUCUUCUGAUUUUCCUUCCUUCAUUGUUUUUUGUUCUUUUCCAUCUUCUUUCCUGCAUUCUUUCGUCGUUUUCAUUUUUCCUUUCUUUCUUUUACCCUUGUUUUUGUUCUUUUAUUCUUCUUCCUUUACUCUUCCUUUCAUCUUUUCUUCCUUUUCGUUUUUCUUCUUUCCUUUCUUUCUUCUUACUUCCCUAUUUUUUUUAAAAAAUCACUUUCUUUCAUUUCUUUCCGCCUCACCUUCCCAUUUUUCUGACCUUUCCCCUUUCCCCCCACCAGCUUUGUUCACUAUAACCUUCUUUCUUUCUUUCUUUCUUUCUUUCUUUCUAUCCCAAUCUGUUCACUAUCUAUCUAUCUAUCUAUUCCAAUCUGUUCAUUAUCUAUCUAUCUAUUCCAAUCUGUUCAUUAUCUAUCUAUCUAUUCCAAUCUGUUCAUUAUCUAUCUAUCUAUUCCAAUCUGUUCAUUAUCUAUCUAUCUAUUCCAAUCUGUUCAUUAUCUAUCUAUCUAUCUAUCUAUCUAUCUAUCUAUCUAUCUAUCUAUCUAUCUCAAUCUGUUCAUUAUCUAUCUAUCUAUCUAAAUCUGUUCAUUAUCUAUCUAUCUCAAUCUGUUCAUUAUCUAUCUAUCUAUCUAUCUCUAUAUAUAUAAAUAUAUAUAUAUAUAUCCCAAUCUGUUCUUUAUCUAUCUAUCUAUCUAUCUAUCUAUCUAUCUCUCUCUCUAUAUAUAUAUAUAUAUAUAUAUCCCAAUCUGUUCUUUAUCUAUCUAUCUAUCUAUCUAUCUAUCUCUCUCUCUCUCUAUAUAUAUAUAUAUAUAUAUAUAUAUAUAUCCCAAUCUGUUCUCUAUCUAUCUAUCUAUCUAUCUAUCUAUCUAUCUAUCUAUCUAUCUAUCUAUCUAUCUCAGUCCUUUUGCAUCUUUAG